UAGCGGCGAUCGGUGGCAACAGUUGUUGUGAACGGAAAAAACAAAAAACGUAACGUCAAAAUUAGAUUUUUUUAAUUCAAACCAGGAGAGUUUGCACUCAAGUCGAGCCGUGUGUGUUUUGUGCAAGCGCAAAAUUUAGGCUUGCUACAAAAAACAAAGAAAAUUUACCAAAAUAGAAGAAGCAAGUGUUUGGAAAUACUUUAUUUAGUGUGACUCUCGAACGCAUUUCAUUUGAAUAUCGGCGAAUAACUUGCAGCAAUUCUCAUCCGUUGUUCACCAAUUGAUCGAUCGGUGUUUUACGAUUUGUCGUUCCCAUCCGGCUUUGCAUCAAGUCAAACUGGUAACAAAAUCUUGAAAGCAGAUCUCAACAACCAUCAACCGUUUAUUUUCGAAGGCUUCAAAUUACCACCGAUUUACACCACAAUUCGAUCUUAUGGUCUCCGUUCAUACAUAACGACUCCGAAAAUAUGAUAAUAAGAUUGUCAACAGCACCAAAGAUUCUUACUAACCUCUGCUAAAACUACCAAAGUUAGGUGAACUGUUCGAGAAACAGUUUAACCAUGAAAUUCUUAAAGGCCAAUAUCAGUUGGAGUCAAAUCCAGGCCAUCCUGCGAAAAGAUUUUCUAGUCAGAUGGCGUCAAAAGUGGCUGAUGGCCUUACAAAUUCUGUGGCCUCUAGUGAUUUUUCUUCUUCCCUAUUUGAUACGUCUCAAAUUUACACCGGUUCACAAAGAUUCCUGCCAAUUUCCAACACGCCAAUUGCCGACGGCACGUCAAACGUUACCCGGGAUGUUGUCGUAUAUUUGCACUCUGGAAAAUAAAUGUAAAAGUACGGACACCUAUGAUGAAUAUGAAUUUUUGCCCAAAUCACCAGUAAAACCUGUUGUUGAUGUUGUACAAAUACUCAUCAAUGAUGAUGGAUUGUUUAAAAUACUGGUCGAAUUGCCGGAAAAAGCAAACUUCAUUAGUGCCGUAACAACUCUAGUCACAAAUUCACAUUUUGGUGAAAUACGAGAAAACAUUGGUAAGGUUGUUGAUAUGAUACCGGAGGUGAGGAAGACACUAAAUGGCACUUUCGAUAUAAAGACUUUGUUCUCAAAUCGCAAAACAUUUGUCAAGGCUGGUAAUUUAAUCUGCGGCUAUCCAUUUCCCAGUAUUGAUACAAUACCUUUAGUCUCAGACAUCUUAGAAUCUCAAGACUUCUCCAAAGUCAACGAUGACGAGAUAAAUGCUAUGCCAACACCAUACUGUAAAAAAUUAUACUUGGAUGUGACCAGAUCGAACUAUGGCAAAAUCACUUGGGAAUCUGUGAAGCCCAUUAUACAAGGAAAAAUAUUAUUUGCUCCUAAUAAUGCUGAUACUAAUUCGAUUAUGGCAUUGUCAAAUACAACAUUUCAGGAGAUCAAUCGUCUGAAACAGCUAUCCGUAGCCUUUGAACAGAUUCUCCUUAAGCUGAAAACUCCGGGUGAUUUCCAAAAUGGCUUUAAUGCUUUGAUUGAGUUGGCUAAAACACCUUUUGUACGUAGCGUCAUUGGCGAUGAAAUAGAUUUGGAUCAAAUGGAGGCUGUAAUUGAACGCAUACGCACAGAUCCCGUGAUAGAGGAUGUUGUGGUUACUAUAAGAAAACUUUUGGAAUGUUUCUCAGCUGAUCGUUUCCUGGCAUUUGAUAGUGAGGAGGAAUUGCGCCGUCAAGCUUUCGAAAUGAAUCAUAAGAGAAUGUUCUAUGCGGCCAUCUAUUUCAAUGACACUCAGAGUGAUAAUGUGGCCUAUAAACUGCACAUGGAUACACAGAAUACACAGCCUACAAUAGAGAAUAAAAAUCGUUUCUGGUUCCCGGGUCCAUCAGGUUCAAUGCUGUUGGAUUUGAAAUAUCAUCGAGGUUUUGUGCAGAUAAAACAUUCCUUAGAUUUGGGUAUUAUUAGGCAUAAGAAAGAGAAACUGCGAGAGCAGGGUCUGUUGGAGCCCCCAACCACACCCAAGCCCCCAGGUCCUCUUUUUACGGUACACAUUGAGACUGGGGACGAUGAAGAAGACGACGAAGAUGAUGAUGAUGAAUGGUCCACCAACUCAAAUAGUACUACGGCUGUUUUGGGUUCAACUAAACCCAAAAACCAAACUCUCAUAUCAUCAGUUGUAUCGGGCAUUGGCAUAGAUGUGGGUAAUGUAACGAAAAAACCCCUGGUGUCGGUAACCGAAACUACUCCCAUGACACCCAGUGAUGAUGAGACCACAAAUAUGCCGGAAUUAGAUGAGGAAGCAACCACUGACUUACCUCUAGAAGCAACUACUGAAUCUAUAGAUAAUGAAAUUAUAACAACAUUAUUGCCCCAAUUAUCCGACGAACUUCUAGAUAAUUUAGAAAACGGCGAGAUAUUGAAGAGACAAAAACGUCAAGGAUUUGCAGAUCUUUUCAGCAGUUUUAGCAGUCAAGUUGAGGAAACAUACAAAUUCGAAAUUGACAAAUUAAAAUACUUUACCAAACAGUUCCCCUAUCCAGCUUAUACAAAGGAUGACUUUAAAACGGGCAUUUAUUUGGCCCAGGCUAUACAAUUGGCUUUCUUUAUUGGCCUAGUGGCUGAAAUAGCAUCGAGUGUUCGCCAUCUUAUAUGGAUGAGGGAAUCAAAGAAUUCUAUGAUCAUGCGCGCCAUGGGUCUUAAGUCCUGUUCCGAAAUGACCUCUUGGUGUUUGGUUACAUUUUUAGAGUUGUUGGUUAUCUUCAUAAUGGUAUCCAUUGUUCUAUAUACUGGAGGUAUGAUUGUCUACACUAAAUGGGUAUUCACAAUGAUUUAUUUGUGCGCCUUUGGAGCAUGUCUUAUAUCAUUUUGCUACAUGUGUUCCACAUUUUUCGUAACCGCUACCAUUGGAGCGGUUGCCACCACUGUCUUAUUCUUCAUUACCUUCUGUCCGUACAUAAUUGUCUUGAUAUUUGAUUCCAAACUGAAUUCCUUGCAAAAUUUUCUUAUCAAUUUGUCAUUUACUACGGCCUAUGCUCAUGGUUGGAGUCACAUUAUGCGCAUGGAAUUGCAAGAAGUUGGUUUAAGUUUUGAAGCUGCAUUCCGUGAAGGUUUAAGAGGCGAAUAUGGUUUUGCAUUCUUUAUGAUUAUAUUGGAUACGAUUAUUUAUGCAGUCAUAGGAUAUAUUCAUCAACGAUUCAAGGAUGACGACAACCGAUUUGUGGAAGUCCAACGAGAGGAAUUGGAUACCAGUGUGGGUGCCACUCUUACCAAUGUCACCAAAGUUUAUAAUGAGACUAAAUAUGCGGUAACAGAUAUCUCGCUAUCAUUUCCAAGGGAUAAGGUCACCUGCCUAUUGGGUCGCAAUGGCGCUGGUAAAAGUACUAUAAUCAAAAUGUUAACUGGUCAGGUGGUGCAGUCAACGGGUAGAGUUAUUUUGUCUCAGGCCAUGUCCAGUGGCAAAGAGUACGAUAAAGUUGGCGUAUGCUCUCAGGAUAAUAUCUUAAUACCAAAUCUUACAGCUCGUGAACAUUUGGAACUCUACGCCAAGAUCAAAUUAAAGCGCAACUAUGAGUCAGAGGUGCAAAAGACUCUUAAGGAUUUGAAUUUCGGAAAACAUGAAAACUAUCAAGCCAGCCAAUUAUCUGGAGGAUACAAGCGAAGAUUGUGUGUGGCUAUAUCGUUUAUAGCCUCUCCCAACGUUGUUAUCCUCGAUGAACCUUGUAAUGGUGUUGAUAAUAAGGCUCGCAAAGACAUUUGGGAUUUGAUUGAGCGCCUGCGCAAAGGAAGAGCCGUCAUUUUUGCCACCCAUUUCUUGGACGAAGCCGAAUAUCUGAGCGAUGUCAUUGUGAUAAUGAAGAAUGGUAAAAUUAUUGCCAAACAUAAUCCGGAAACUUUGAAAAAUCAUUGUACCUCAUUCUAUGAGGUUAGCAUGAAUAGCUGCGAUUCGCAAACCUCGAAUAUGAUUGUGGACAAGGCCAAUAAACUUUUAACCAAUUACAGGCAAUUGGAUAAGACUUCUUCCACCGACUUAAGUCUAAGAAUUUCGUAUGACCAACCAAAUUAUAAUUCCUCCGAAUACUUGAGUUAUCUACAAGAGUUACAAGGCGAAGGUCGUAUUAAAGAUUUGGGUAUUGAAUCCGAGAAUUUGGAGCAAGUAUUCAAAAAUCUCGACAAACAUGCUGCCAAUGGUACUACUAAUGGUCAUGUUAUGGGCAAUGAUUUGUUGAAAAAUGCCAAACUCAAACGAGAAUUGGGCUGGGAUAUGGUCAGCGAAAAGAAUUUGCAUAGAUGUACCGCUAUGCGUCAACUCUUUUGGAAACGUUUGGUACACUUCAGUCGCAACUAUCGCAUGCUGUUGUGUGUCAUUGUAUUGCCGGCUCUCUUUGAAAUUUGUGCCAUGUGGUUUGUGGCUCAACGUUUGGAGGAUGAUUUCGAUAAGACCAUAAAGUUGUCGCGACAGUUGUAUCCCAAGACUACACAAAUGCUGAGUAUGGAAAAAUCAUUGGCCUUUACCCAGGAUGUUUAUAGCAAUAUGAAACAGGAUUGUGCUGCGGGGGCAGAUUUGACUUGUAAAGAAUUUCCCAAUACUGAAAAAUCGUUCUAUUGGAUAUUGAAGUCACUCAAUGAGUAUCAAGAGAAACGCUAUGGCGGAUAUACCUUCAACGAAUCCAAGUCCAUGGUUUGGUAUAACAAUAAGGGCUACCAUGCCAUGGUGGCCUGGUUGAAUGACAUGAACUCAUAUUUGAUGCAAGUGGAGACGAAUAAUACCAACUUUAAGAUCACAUCGUACAAUGAACCUUGGGAGCUGGGCUUUUUGGAAUUGAGUACCACAUCCAUAUUACGCCAAGCUGGUGAUUCUUGUCUGGCUUUUAUUCUGCUUAUAGCCUUUUCCAUGGUGGUGGCAGUUGCCUCCGUCUAUUUGGUCAAUGAACGCGUAAAGGGAGAAAAACUGCAACAGCGUUUGUGUGGGGUCGAUGCCGCCACCUAUUGGGGAGUUGCCUUUAUAUGGGACUUUUUAAUUCUUAUAAUUGGUAUAUUCGUAUGUUGCUCUGUAAUAUUGGCCUUUGAUAUGCCUGUCUUCACAGACCUACAACAGUUGUGGGGAGUCAUUGUGUUGGCCUUAUUCUUUGGAUUUGCCUGCAUACCUGGAGUUCAUGUGUUCGAAAAGUGUUUCAACGAUUCCAGUGUGGCUAUUGUGGGAAUUUUCAUCAUAAACAUUAUCAUACCUCUGUUCACUUUGUCCACUAUAGUGCUAUUAGGUGUUGUCGGUGAUACACCUGCCUGGGAUGAAUGGAGACAUUUCCUCAAUCAUCGUCUUUUUAUUAUCUUCCCUCAACAUGCUUUAGGCGAUGGCCUGUUGGAAUUGUGUAAAAAUUAUAUGGUCUCCUUGACAUUCCGUCGUUAUGGCAUUGAUUCCUAUAAGAACCCCGUUAACAGUGAUCUUUUGCAAGUUCACUUCACCUCUUUGGGUGUGGUGGGUAUUUUCUUUUUGGUUUUGAAUGUCUUGUUGGAAAGUGGUUUGCUGGGAGACUGGAAGGAAAAAAUCAUGCAGCAUUUGGGCUCAAGCAAACAUAAACAUUUGGAGGAGCUGAAAGUGAUCUCAAUCCAAAAUUCUUUGAAGCGUAAUGACAAGGAUGAUCUAUAUGCCCUGAAAGUGGACAAUCUGAGUAAAACCUAUGGAAAUGGUCAAUAUGCGGUGUCAAAUGUCACAUUUACCGUCAAAUCGGGUGAAUGUUUUGGACUCUUGGGUAAAAAUGGUGCUGGUAAAUCGACAAUAUUUAAAAUGCUGUCCGGUCAGUUGAGGCCCAGUGCGGGACAUAUUAUCUAUGAUAAUCCGGAAAUUUCCUAUUGUCCUCAAACCAACACCUUGGAUGAUUUGCUUACUGUGCGAGAAUGCAUUGAGUUCUAUGGAAAGCUAAGACGCAUCAAUGACCUGCCAAAGCUUGUUGCCGGCAUACUUGAAUCCUUCCAAUUGGAGUCGUAUCGUGAUGUUCUAGUGAAAAAUCUGAGUGGUGGUAAUCGACGCAAGCUGACUGUAGCCACUGCAUGCUGUGGUCGCACCUCAGUGGUUCUGAUGGAUGAGCCCACCAGCGACAUGGACCCUGUAACCAGAGCCAUUGUCUAUCGCACUAUUGAUGACUUGCUGGCCGAGAAGAGGGCAAUUGUCUUGACUUCACAUUCCAUAUCGGAAAUCGAUCUAAUUUGCCAUCGUAUUGCGGUUCUUAAGGAUGGUCAAAUGUUAACCUGCAGCAGUCCGGAGAGUCUGAAGGCACAAUUUGGGGGUUACUACAAUGUGACGGUCUACUGUGAUCAAAAUAAAUUAAGGGAUUUGGAAAAGGAAAUUCUUCGACAGUUCCCCUUUGCCAAAGACUUGCAGGUCCACGCUCACUCUAUCAAAUUCAGUAUUAAAGUUGAAAAUCCCACCAACGUAAAUGGCAAACAAAAAGAGAAUGGCAUUGACUUGCCCGAAGAAUUGAAAAAAGCCGAAAAUGACAGCCAAACUACCUCGCCGUCAAAAGAAAGUCUUACGCUAUCACAACUUUUCCAUGAUUUAAGUGCUUUACCCCAACACGUGUCCAGCUCCUUACGUUAUGCUGUAAACAGGUGUAAACUGGAUGCUGUAUUUGAAAGAAUUUUGGAUAGAAGUGAGCAAAGCAAUCUUCGAAGAGGUUCAUUCUAUAAUGACUCUGAUGUAGCCGCCAUUGGAUCACCUUCGACCGGUUACAUACACAAUGGGUAUGUGGAAACGGAAACUUGAAAGUUGCAUUGUGAAUGGCAGAGAAAAUAUGAAAUUUUGAAUGCUAAGAAUUUCCGGGAAUUAUUUCCAUUUGCAAUGAGUAGAAAGGGGAAAAAGUCAGGCUGUGCCUCUACACAUGGAACAAUCCAAUCAUAUGGUGGUCUCUCUAUGUCUUUGGUUUUUUGUUGUAUUUUAAUUUCGAUAUUGUAUAAUGCCCAAAGCAAACGUGUGUAUUGUAUUUAUUAUGAUCUUAAUUUUUAAUAUAAAUUUUAAUUUUUUUUCUUUAAAAAUACUAUAGCAAAGAUUUUUAUAUGUAUGUAUACUUUAUUAGUUUUCUAUUCCAAAUAAGCUUAGUAGAAUGUCUAGUUAGUUACCGCUUCCUCUAUGUUUCCAGGGUGUAUAUGUUUGUUCUUAUCUUAACUACCCCGCUCUAUUUUGUCUUACCACUGUUUUUUUUUUUUGUAAAUCGGUUAGGUUUUAUAGGUGUAAACAACAAAUGGAGAGAAGUGAGCUGAGCUCGCCUUCCAACUCCUUACUUUAGUGUGUGAUUUUUUACGUAAUAAGUUUAUAUGUAGGUAUAUAGGGGUAUUUAUAAAUCGUUGCGGGAAUCUAAUGUCUUUCUUAUUAAUGUGUACUUACAUAUAUAUUAUAUAUUUGUGACUUCGAUUUCGAUGUUAUAUCACAAAAUAUAUUGUUUUUUUUUUUUUGUGUAUAUAAGAAUUAUUUUAUUAUUUAAUAAAAUUGUAAAUUAAA